AGAAGACACAGUUGGUGGGAGCAUGCUAACUGUGGGAGAGCCUCAAUUCAAAAAUUAAAUUAAAGCAUGCACAUUAAGCUAUUUAUCUAGCUUAUUCACGAGCCCACUUGGGUAGCCAGUGUCAGUAAUAUCAUCAACAGCCCUCGCUAACUGCUCUCAUUCAAUAGGAGACUAGAUCUAGCUAGCAAGUUAGCAAUUCAACUAGCAGAUAGCUAACGUUACAGAUGCAGCCAACAAACGACAGGUGGAAAUUGAUAGCUAGCUAAAUUAUUCGGCUAGCUUGAAGCGUUACAAGAUUGUAUUGCACCAAGCCAGACCUUUGAAUUGGCUAGCCCCUUGUGCUACGAAGAAGAAAUACAGGCUCGCUGACCGCUAACUAUCUUUUGACUAAUUCAAAGACUGAGGGAAUGGACUUUACAUUGGACUUUGCGGCAGGAUGCAUAGGAGGUAAGUUAAAAACUAUAGCUAGCUAGCAAGCACACCCUUGGAUAUAUUGCUUCUAUGAUUACUACGUGGCAGCAACACUGAGUCAUGGAAAGGGUUUGCAAAAUGCGUUGGGUUGGAAACGUUUUGAAUGGAUUAUUAAUGAUUCAUGGCUAGCAACGUUAGCUAGCUAAUGAAGAAAUAUGCCUAGUAGUGAUGACGCAAGUUUACAAAAAAAGUAGGUUAAUGAAUGGAAAAAUACUGAGUACUGAGUGUCUAGUCUAUUAGUCUAGAACUUUCUUGUCCCCAUUGUUGUUUAAAUCCCUAUAUUAAAUGUGUUUAGCUGGCUAAACCUGUUGGUUUCUUAGCUAUAUAAUCUCUUGUUGAUAACCUUUUAAUGUUCACACACCCAAACAAUUACAUUCAUUUCAAUCCAAAUAAUGUGCUCAUAGUUGGUAGUGGUGAAAUGGGCAGUCCCUCAAGCACCAAUCAAGCUACAUACAAAUUAAACAAGGUGUAUUUCUAGACCUUGGAGGAGUUGUGAAAUAGGACCUAUCUAGCUAAAUGACAUUAAAAUUCUUCUCCAAAGGAAGUUAUUUUCCUGACUUCCUACAAAUAUUUAUAUUUGCUUUUAACCCUACCUCCAUCUCAAAUUAUAUGAAUGUUGUCCGGUUAGCCAGACAGACAGUUAUUGAUUAAUAAACUAUAAUUGAGCAUUAUUGUGAUACUGUCUCAGCUACUGAUAAUGUCUUGCAAGUAGGAGUCAGACAAAUGUUCAGUAGGGUCAUCUUUCAGCAUGCACUGUCACUUCACUCACUCAAACACCAAGCCAGAACACAUAAAACUGCCCCUUACCUUGGCCUACCCUAAUCUGAAACUGCCCUAGGCAGGUUUUGUCCUGUGACGCACACAGGUGGUGUCAGACACAGUAUUGCAUUUUCCUCUCUCUAGCAAUAAUGUCAAGGACAUGGGUACAGUGAACAACAGCUGAUGGCAGUCUAGAGAAGGCUGUUUGUUCUUGUGUGUGAUCCACUUGAUAUUCUAACAUGCACCCGCCACUCAGUGUUGCAACCAUACCUCAGUGGUUCCAACUUUAAUCAUGGCUUGGCUCAAAGACUGAUAAGCAGUGGACAGCAUCUCCAUUGUAUCUUUACUGUAGAGUUAUUCACCACUCUUUCUCUGUUAUCCGGUUUUGCAAUUAGGGGUUUCUGUUUUUCCUGUCAGUUUCACAUGGCUUUAACUUAGUAUAGCCUACAUUACUUAACAGAAAUCAACUGCAUCAAACAAGCAAGUGCUGACUAACAGCUCUUUGUCAUUUUCAGGUGCUGCCGGUGUUUUGGUUGGGCAUCCUUUUGAUACCGUAAAGGUGGGUUUAUGUUUUCUUGUUGGCAAAUGCCUGGCACGUGUGUAUUUUUCUUAGAAAUCACACUGAAAUGUAAUUAAUAUUCAGCUACCGUGGGGUUUAUUAAGCCCGUGAAUACAAAUGACCGAAAGCGUUUGAUAAUGAAAUAGGCUAUGAAUGCUCUUUUCCAAUCAAAACAUUUCAAGAACCACAUUUUCUCAGCUACUACUUGCAAAUAGUAAACUGAACUUUUUUUCCCAGACCACACAAAUGUGGGUAUUUUGGCUGUUUUCUGACCUAGUGACAUCUAUGGAAGUAUGGAUCCCAGUUCCCACUACCAAAACAUCUUACUACGAGUCAUUAUUAUGAGAUAGUAGGUCAUAAUUAUAAGAUAUGUUUAGGGGUCUGUAUCACAUGAAUCCAAUGUGCACUUUACAUCAGGCCCUCCUCAACUUUCAAGGAUAACCUUAUGUAUAUCCCAUAGUCAAUCACACAUUGUGUGUGUGGGAGAGUUUGUGGUGAUAUUGUUCCAUAUUAAUGGAUUGGAGCGUUUUGUUGGUGCCUGUUUGAUGACAUCUGGUUGAAUUAAAUGCAGUCUAUUAAAGGGGCAAUCUGGGAUUGGUACAUCCAUUUUUGGACUUUAAAGUUAAUAUAGAGCGAUUGAUUCUUGAAUGUAACUUAGAAAUGCCUCAUAAGUAAUGGUCUAACCCCAUCAGAACCCAAAAUAUAAGCUUGUUUUACACCAUUAUUUGUAAGCAAUUUAAUUGUAAACAAUCACUGUAUAGUUUCAAAACAUGGUUAAAAAUAUUUAUUUUGAUCUCAUGGAUGGUCUGUCUUUGCAUCCAUAUGAGUCCCUGCAUCUAUGUAUUUGAGUGGUAAAAAAUUUCUCCUGCCCCAUUCCUCAGCUAUUUAACAAAUAAAGGGGUCGACCUGCAGGACUAUUCAAUGUCCAUGAUCCAGACUUGCUAUCUCAUAAUUAUGGGGGUUGUUCCACUAAUCCGGUGCCUUUUGAGAAGUGUAACUUGGUAAACAAAAUAUAUUUCACCUAAUUUUAACAUUCUGUCAUAAAGAGCACAUUCUAAACUUCAAACACUUUUUCCCAUCUCAAGAUGUUAAAUGAAAAUGACUAUAGUAAGUGCCUAUUAUGUGCCAAAUAAAGUAACCAGGUUGACCAUAACAGGGUUGACGAUUUCAUCUUAAAUCAGCCAUAAAUCCCCUCAUGACAGGGGUAUAUUGGAAGCUUGUUGUAUGCAACAGGGAGUGGCAAUUGAAUGCAAACUUCACAAAACAAUUUAAUUGCUAAAUCAUUUCUAGCCUGUCUAUGGGUAACAGGGUUAACGUUAUGCUUGACCCGCUCAGUUUACCCCCACAAAAUGCCCAAAAAGCGUAGAACCAGCUCACCCGCUUUUACACUAUGAAUUUACUAUUUGAUGUUCAAUGUUUCUUUUGAAAAACAUAUUUAAAAAGGAAUAGUUUUACCAUAUUAAAACAAUAGUUCACAUAACAGGGUUGACCUUAAAAUGAGGGGCAGAUGUAAAUAAAUCACUAAUCGCAUGAAAUAAAUAAUCUUCAGAAAUAACUGUCAAAGCAACAAAAUAACUAGGGCUUUACAAUUAUGGUGAAACUUGGACAUUUUUAGCUUAAGUGGGUUGAAAUCUUCCUAGAAUUGACACAGGGUUGGAUGACGGAGGGACAUGUCAAGGCAUAGGGCACAAAGUAUUUUUAAACAUGGACUUUGUUCCAUAAGGUAAUUUCUAGUAAAGUUAUACCAGUCAUAGCAAUAAAGUUCUAAUUAUUUAGGCUCAAAAUAGCCUCUCAUGAAAUGUAUAUUAUAUAUCUGUGGAAACUAGGCAUCGGUAGGCUUAAUUGUUUAAUUAUAAAAAUGUCAGUACAAGCCUCAAAUCGUAUUUUCAUAUAUAUAGUUAGUCUUCUAAGAGCUAUAAUUUGCAGACACUGAAUCUUCAAAUAUUUGCACUCAUGUGUACUCGCAAUAAUCACUAAGCAACAAGUUAAGACACAUGUAUCAGGAUAUUUGCACUUUACACCUGUUUGAUAUUUGACAGAACUCUUUUUUUCCAAGUUGUGUACUCAUAAUCUUUUUUAUUUUGAUUACGAAGGAGCCGAGGGAGGGACACAAUGUUGGUUUUAUCCCUGAACAGGGAGGGCUGUCUUUAACAGCAUAAGUGUCACUUUGUUGUAGAUGAGGGUGAGGGAUAAUCAACCUCUGCACGGAUGUGUGACCUAGCUAGUAAGUACGGUCAAGGUCUUCUGUUUGUCCCCCGUGUUUUGGUUUUGUAAAAAAUAUUAUCCAGACGUACAAGCAUAGAAUACUUUUUUAAAAAACAAUAUAAUUUCACCACCUCUUAUCACCCAAAUUGCACCCCACCCAACUCCCAUACCUUAGUACACUACAUUGCCAAUAGUUACUUUUUGGUGUAUUGUCCCUUUUCCUUUGUGUUUUGUAUGUGUAUGGUAUUAUUAAAUGUGGCAGUAUUGCCUUCUGUGCUUUUUCACUAACACUGAGGUGUCCAUUUUCAGGUACGACUCCAAGUUCAGAGUGUGGACAGACCUCUGUACCGCGGCACGUAUCACUGCUUCCAGUCUAUCGUACGGCAAGAGUCGGUGAGUACGACCACCACCGUGACCGACUCCAGUUCCUCACAGUACCAAGUCUGUAGAACUCAACUGAUGUGGCCCGCGGGCCGGAUGUUUGAGACUGCUGUAGUGGGGGAAACACUUUUUUGAAGUGUGUGUGGGUAGUCACCAGUGGUGAAAUCCUUUCAUAUUCAAAUUAAUCAGUUUCGAGAUGGUUGGCUCUGCAAUGCCAUGAGGCAUUGCCAUGUGCUCUGUGCAGCGCCAACUACAGUUGUACCAUUGGUUAGAACAGGGCUCUACUCAAGUGUCUCUCGUUACAGUCUUGUGCGUCAGCCUAGCAGAGGGCCUAUCAGCCAGUCUGGAGGGAGGAGGUUGGGAGAGAUAUCAGUAGCCAGGGUCAAUCGGGGCGUUGUGCCUGCUGCGUGGCUAAAUUAAGAGAACCGCCUUGGGAGUUACGGCAGGUUUUAAUGGGGUAGAUUCUGCUGGACUGCUUCAAUGUGAUUACGAAUUCCACAAUUAAAACUAGUGUUAAGCUAUAUCAUUAUUAAAGGAGUAGAAUAGCGGCAUAUACAGGACAUUAGCAUUACACCAUUGCUUUAUGAAGAGUCUGGCCUUGAGAACACCAUGUAUUGUAGUGAAAGUGUGAUUUGUCUUGCUUAAAUAAUAAUCAUAUUUAAUAUGCCAUGUAGCAGAUACUUUUAUCCAAAACGACUUACUUUGUUCCAAGUUAUUCAGCUUCAUUAAACUUCAAUACCCUAUUAUUCCUUCCUUGCUCUGCUGUGUGUUCACAGAUGACAGGGCUGUAUAAAGGCAUCGGCUCCCCCAUGAUGGGCCUGACCUUCAUCAACGCCAUCGUGUUCGGUGUCCAGGGCAACGCCAUGCGCAGGCUGGGCCACGACACUCCGCUCAACCAGUUCCUGGCUGGGGCGUCGGCGGGCGCGUUGCAGAGCAUCAUUUGCUGCCCUAUGGAGCUGGCCAAGACACGCAUGCAGCUGCAGGGCUUGGGCGAGAGGAAGUCCAAGCAGAAGCUGUACAAGAACUCGCUGGACUGCCUGGUGCGCAUCUACCGGAAGGAGGGCUUCCGCGGAAUCAACCGGGGAAUGGUGACCACGCUGGUCCGUGAGACGCCAGGCUUCGGGAUCUACUUCUUGACCUACGACGUCCUGACGCGGCACUUGGGCUGCGAGCCCGACGACCCCUACAUGAUCCUUAAGUUACUGUUCGCCGGCGGCAUGUCGGGCAUCGCCUCGUGGAUCUCCACCUACCCCGUGGACGUCAUAAAAUCCCGGCUCCAGGCGGACGGCGUGGGUGGCUACAACAAGUACAACGGCAUCGCAGACUGCGUGCGUCAGAGCAUGAAGCGGGAGGGCUGGCGGGUGUUCACGCGCGGCCUCACAUCCACACUGCUUCGGGCAUUUCCAGUCAACGCCACAACCUUUGCCACCGUGACUCUGUUCCUCAUGUACAUGCGGAACGAAGAGGGCGGCAUCACAGACUGCGAGCCCCUACCCGUCCACUCCUCACUCACUGCGAGCCCACAGCAGGCCCAGCCCUCAAGCCUGUGAACUGGGGAAGAUUGUGCUUCUGCUCUGGUAACCCUUACUGGAGUGGAGGUGGUCCCACAGUGCACCAGUUAAGCUGCUGAGACCUGAGUGACUUGACCACUCGACUAAGGAUAUUUUUAUACGAUGUAUUUUAAGAUGGAAAACUUCCCUUGUAAAUAUUUACGUGUCCCUUUUUGACCCUUGGUUUUGUACAGAGCAGCCUUUUUUUAUUCAAUUGUUUAGAGUUUUGGUGAAUUAAUUUGUCACUGGGGGAAGAAAGCAAUCACACUGAAAAAGCACUAAGAUUACUGAACUGGUCAUCCUGGUUACAGACAAAACACCCUUAUACAUGUAUGAAUGCACAGCUGAGUAUAUUUAUAUGCAGGGUUGGAGUAACGGAUUACAUGUCAUCUGUUACAUGUAACGGAAUAUAAAAAUAAACUAUUCUGUUACCAGCUAAAUUAUUGUAAUCAGAUUUGAUACUUUUUUAAAAACUAGAUUACUUUUGAAUUCAGAAAGGAUGUUUGGGGGGAAAACGUCGGACUCCUUUCCAUUUUCUCAAUGACAUUCAAAUCAGCAUUGAAAAAAGGCACAAGUUUAAAGGGAUACUUUGAGAUUUUGGCAAUGAGGCCCUUUAUCUAUUAGUCCGAUGAACUCGUGGAUACCAUUUAUGUUUGUGUCCAGUAUGAAGGAAGUUGAAGGUAGUUUCACGA